GCGCCUGCGCGGCCGCCGGCGGCCGUGGAGCUGGGGAAAGGUCAGGUAGUAUAAUCUCUGGCCCGGUAGAGAGCGCGUCUGUGUGUCGCCGUAAGAAGCCAUGGCGGAACGGGCACUGCGGAGCAAAAGCGUUCGCGGAUUUCUGCGGGCGCCGGGUGCCAGCAGCGGGCCUGGCGGCCCCGCGGCGGUGUGCAGACGGGGCGGCGAGCCAGCAGCGCGGGCCUCACACAAGUGACCAGAGCGAUCUGGUGCUGCGUCGGGGAGGCCUCCGCCUGGUGGUUUGGCCGCUUGCGGCUGUUUGUCAUAAUCUCCAAAGCAUCUCGGUCGCAUUUCUUGCGGUGGGGUUUUGUGCCCUUCUGUCUUGCGUGCGUGUGUUUGUUCGGGAAACCAGAAGACGCUUUACACAUCCAGAAAAAGCUUCAUUUUCGUAGCAAAAUCUCUCUUUAAGCCUCUUUAAAAUCAAUCUUGAUUUAGUUAACAUUUCACCGAUGAUCGAUUUGGAGAUAUGUGAGUCUAAGAUUUGGUUGGGUAUAAUAAUGUCAUACAGUUUGGCAUAUGACCACUGUAUGCCCGUACAGAUAAUAAUGUUGCUUACUUGUGUGGUAUUAAAUAGAACUAUUUUACUUAAAUGUCUCUACUAAUGGUGGAUAUGUUUUUAGGCAUUCUUGUGUUGCUUUUUUAACAUAGUUGACAUGAUGACAGACUUUGAAAAGAACCCACGUCAGGAUGUGAUUUCACAGCUGCAUCAUUUUGCUGCUGUUGGAGACGCAGCCAGAGUGAAAGCAUUGCUCAGUUAUUCUCCGUCACUUGUCAAUGCAGCUACAGAUAACGGCUGGACAGCCCUGAUGUAUGGUGCUAGAAAUGGACAUCUUGAGGUUGUGCAGGUUCUUCUUGAAGAAGGGUGUGACAGGUCCAUCGUUAAUAAAUCAAGGCAGACAGCUCUGGACAUUGCUAAAUUUUGGGGAUACAAGCACAUAGCUAAUUUGUUGGCUAAUGUGAAGGGUGGUCAGAGACCUAAUUUUAAAGAAUGUGAAAAUUAUUUUGGCUUGACACUUCUGGACAGAAGGAGUGAUAAAAGAACAGAUUCCAAGUGGUUAAGCCAAAAACAAAGCCAUCCAACUACAGUGUACAUCCUCUUCUCAAAUCUAAGUCCUUUGGUUACUUCGAGUGGAGGAAUUGAGAGCUCUCAGCAGCCAGAAGUAAAGCUUUGCAGGCUAUCAUAUAAGGAUGUGGAGCAGUGGAUGAAACAAACUGAAGAAGUCACCUUGGUUUUUCUUGGAGUUGAACUUCAGUUCCACAUGAACCUGCUGUCUGCUUGCAAUGGAAAAGUUCUGCAAGAAGUUGAGGAGGAUGGGUUAGUUGCCUGGUUUGCUCUUAGUGUAAAUUCUGCUGAGAAAUAUAAACAGGAACAUGAGGACCACUACUUCCUUCACCCACCAAUGCCAGCACUACUGCAGCUGCCUGAAAAAGAAGCUGGAGUUGUAGCCCAGGCUAGAUCUGUUCUAGCAUGGCACAGCCACUACCGAUUCUGUCCAACAUGUGGGAGUGCAACCAAGAUUGUAGAAGGGGGUUACAAGAAAACUUGCUUAAAAGAGGAUUGUCCCAGCCUCCAAGGUGUUCACAACACAUCAUAUCCAAGAGUUGAUCCUGUGGUUAUAAUGCAAGUCAUCCAUCCAGAUGGGAACCACUGCCUUUUAGGUAGGCAGAAGAGGUUUCCUCCGGGAAUGUUUACCUGUCUUGCUGGGUUUGUAGAACCUGGUGAAACAAUAGAAGAUGCUGUUCGAAGAGAAGUAGAAGAGGAGGCUGGAAUCAAAAUUGGCCAAGUUCAGUAUGUCUCUUGUCAGCCGUGGCCAAUGCCCUCCUCCCUGAUGAUUGGCUGCUUAGCUGUUGCAGUAUCUACAGAAAUUAAAGUUGACAAGAAUGAAAUAGAGGAUGCCUGCUGGUUCACUAGAGAACAAGUCAUGGAAGUUCUCAUUAAAGGAAACCAGCGUUCUUUCUUUGUACCACCAAGUCAAGCUAUUGCGCACCAGUUGAUAAAGUACUGGAUUAGAAUGAAUGCUAAUCUUUAAUUCAAAUACUUGAUAUGUUUAAGUUAAAGUACUUCUUCUAGAGAAUGCUAAAUUAGAAAUAAAUUAGGACGAAUUGUUCAGGUUUUGAGUCUUUCAAUUUUGUUCCUGAGCUGUUAUGCAAAUCUUUGUAGAUUUUUUCAGAUAUGAGUUAGAACUGGCCAACAAUACAGUGAUUAUCCCAAGCAAGCAAGAAACAAAUAGGUAACAUUGGUACCUUGUUGUGUACAGGCUACUUUUUUGUUUUAAAAUCAAAUUAUUAGGCUUUUUGCUAUUAUGUCCUUAUUGAUCCUAGGCAGUGAGUUAUUUAAAUCUCUGAUAAUUAGAACUGUAAUGUAGGAGAACAGUAGAUGAAUUAAACAAGACAUACUAUCUCAAAA